GUGAGGGAUAACCUCAAGAAAAUUCCUACAAACAUACAAGGAACUCGGAAGAUCACAUUUGUCCUAACACUUUGAUUUCCAAAAACCCUAGAUUUACCCACAGAAACUCUACAAAUCAAUCACAAUAACCCUCCCAAUUCUUAGAGCUCCAAAUAUCGCUUUGCUUUGAUCUGUGAGUGUCUCUGUGUCCUGCUUUAAGACUGAUUUGAGUUGAUUUGGAUGCAAAAGUUAAAAUCAUUUGGUGGGUUGUGAUUGUUGGAUUGAAUAAAGGUGUUUGUCCUGCCGUGCUUGUUUUUUUCGGAUAAGUAUAUAUUGAUUUGUUUUUAUAUACUCAUAUUUGUUGUUAUUGCUGGACAAAACAUAAAUCUUAUUGGGUUUUAGUUUAAGACUUAAAAGUAGUGUUAUUUGGUGGUGGUUAGUAGAAUUUGAUUAGUUUAGUGGAAAUUUGAGUAGUGCCACUAACUUGAGGUUAAUUUGGUGAACUGGGUUUUGAACUAUGGAGGUGAAUUUUAGCAAGAAUUGAACAAUUGUAGCUGGGGGGUUGAUGAGAGGGGAAGUUGGGUUUUGGAGGGAAGAGUAUGACUAGUACAGUGUCAUUGGGUCAACGUUCAGGAAGUAAUGGAGCAUUGCAACAACAGUUUCAGGCUGAUGUGUUGCCAAUCCAAUCGGCGCCGCCUGUUACCGUCCGUAAGCCCCCAAAAAUGUUCAAAGAAAAAGAGAGCCUGUUUCAUUUGAUCUGCAAAUUGGCCCCUCGCAACAAGGUUGGAAUGCUGCUCUUGUGUGUUGUUUCUGCCUCUGUUUUUGCAUGGGUGUUGUAUGUAGACAAAGCAGGUGAAGAAACACGGGAAGGCGACAAUAUACUGGACAUCAGUCUUAUCGACAGCUUAGGUCUUAGCUAUCCUGAAUUUUUGCCACUAUAUGGAGAACAAGACAACGUGAAUUUUUCUACGGUACAUAGUGUGGGAAGUGAAAGUAUAGAUUGGCCUCCUACCCCUCCUGUAUUUUUUACAGGAUAUACCCUUCCUCCAGGGAAUCCAUGCGAAAGUUUCACACUGCCACCCCCGCCAGCAGAUAAAAAAAGGACUGGACCUCGUCCAUGUCCAGUAUGUUACCUUCCUGUGGAAGAAGCCAUUGCCUUAAUGCCAAAUGCGCCAUCAUUUUCUCCUGUGAUUAAAAGUUUAACUUACAUUCAUGAAGAAAAUCUAACUAGAAGUGAAUUUGGAGGUUCAGACUUUGGUGGGUAUCCUUCUCUGAAGCAGAGGAAUGAUUCUUAUGAUAUAAGGGAAACAAUGAGUGUGCACUGUGGAUUUGUUAGAGGAAUUAAGCCUGGACGUCAGACAGGAUUUGAUAUUGAUGAUCCUGACCUUCUUGACAUGGAGCAGUGCCACGGGGUGGUUGUUGCAUCGGCAAUAUUUGGAGCCUAUGAUUUAAUACAACAGCCAAAGAAUAUUAGUGAAACUGCCAAGAAAAAUGUCUGCUUCUUUAUGUUUGUGGAUGAAGAAACAGAAGAAUUCCUGAGAAAUUCUAGUGAACUGGAUAGUAGCAAGAGGAUUGGGUUAUGGAGAAUUGCUGUUGUUUAUAACCUUCCUUACACUGAUCCAAGACGGAAUGGGAAGGUUCCAAAACUUCUACUGCAUAGGCUUUUCCCCAAUGCACGCUACUCUCUAUGGAUUGAUGGAAAACUUCAACUUGUUGUGGAUCCUUAUCAAAUCCUGGAAAGGUUCUUGUGGAGGAAAAAUGCCAGUUUUGCAAUAUCUAGGCAUUAUAAACGCUUUGAUGUAUUUGUAGAAGCGGAGGCUAAUAAGAAUGCUGGGAAAUACGAUAAUGCUUCCAUCGACUUCCAGGCUGAUUUUUAUAGCAGGGAGGGUUUGACCCCAUAUUCUGAAGCUAAGCUUCCCAUUACAAGUGAUGUUCCUGAAGGAUGUGUAUUAGUAAGGGAGCAUAUUCCCAUCUCUAACCUCUUAACUUGUCUGUGGUUCCAUGAAGUUGACCGAUUUACUUCGAGAGACCAGAUCAGUUUUGCCAUUGUAAGAGACAAGAUUAGGUUAAAGACAAAUUGGACUAUCAAUAUGUUCUUGGAUUGUGAAAGGCGCAACUUCGUAGUGCAGGGGUAUCACAGAGAUGUGCUAGAGCAUUGGGCUCCUCCUCCCCCUCUUCUAGCUAUUGGUCCUGGUCAUCGUCCACCACUUAUUAUUGAUAAAAGACCGAAUGAAACAUCAACUGAGAUUUUAACAGAAAAUGUUGUAAGUACUCCCAAUAUAGAUAUCCGAGUUAAGCAUGAUGAAGAGCAGAAAUCCAGUUCGAAAAGUCACCGCAAAGUUGCGGCCGGCAAUAGGGAUACAAGUUGAAGUUAAGAUUUUGACUACUACUGUUUUUUCGCUUCCUCAAUUCAAAUUCAUUCAUUGUGGAGCUUGGAAUAUACGCAUUUGAAUGCGCAGUUUUUCCACAUACAACCAAUUGCAUAUAUAUAUAUAUAUAUAUAUGUAUGUAUAUUUAAUCAAUCUUGUAUAGUGAAAUUUCCAAUAAGUGUUAUACGGGUUGCGCCAUUUCCUCUUGUGGUAACCCAUUUUGUUGUCCUACCAAUAUACAACAUUAUUGUAUUGUAAUACGUUAUUCAAUUUUUAUGUUCAAAUUAUAUUGAAUUAGUCAUCAAUAAAAAGUUCAUUUUGUGAAA